AGCCGACGUACAGUUGCUAGAAACUAAUAAAUUAAUUUCGAGGUGGUGGAAGUAAUUAAUUGAGAAUGGAGUUUGGGGCAAGAAGAAGUGUUGUCGGACGUUUGUUGAUGUGGUGGUGCAUUUUGCGGUUGGGGGAAGGGGUUGAUUUGCCGCCGUGUGAUUUCCGGGCAAUAUACAACUUCGGCGAUUCCAACUCCGACACCGGAGGAAUAGCAGCCGCCUUUUUCCCGAUGAUAUAUCCCGCCGGCGAGACUUUUUUUCACAGAGCUGCAGGCAGGGGCAGCGACGGACGUCUUAUUAUAGACUUCAUCGCUGAACAUUUGAGAAUGCCACACUUGAGUGCAUACUUGGAUUCCAUAGGAACAACUUUCCGGCAUGGUGCGAAUUUCGCGACGGGCGGUGCAACCAUUAGAAGACAGGAUGAGUCGUGGUUCCGGAAUGGUGUUAGUCCAUUCCCUUUGGAUAUUCAAGUGGAACACUUCACCCAGUUCAUAAAUAGAUCUUCCUACUUCUAUAACCAAGGUAUUGUCGUGACAAAUAAAGGAAAAUGUGAGUUGAAAUGUGCAAAGAAAAAAGAAAAAAGUGAAAGAGAUAGGCUGCCGGUGCCGGGCGAUUUCUCAAAAGCACUUUACACGGUGGAUAUUGGCCAAAACGAUAUAGCCGCUGGGUUGAGAGUGGGUUUGGAGCAACUCCGGAACACCACACCCGACAUUGUAAACCACCUAGCUGCCAAUGUUGUUGAUUUGUAUAAUAGAGGGGGGCGGAGUUUUUGGAUACACAACACGGGACCAAUAGGAUGUUUACCUGUAUACACAGUGAAGGCCAACAGGGAAGAGUUGGAUGAGAAGGGUUGUGUGAGAAGCCAUAAUGAAGCAGCCAUGGAAUUCAACAAGCAACUAGAAGACAGGGUUGUUCAGUUAAGAACAGAGCUCUCAGGAGCUGCACUCACCUACGUAGACAUGUUCCAAGCCAAGUACACAUUGAUUGGGAGUGCAAAGGAUCAAGGAUUUGAAGACCCGUCCAAGAUCUGUUGUGGAUACCAUGAUAAGAGAUACGAUGUUUGGUGUGGGCACAGCGGGAUAACAAACGGGACAACGGAGGUGUAUGCAGGAUCAUGUGAGGAGCCGUCUAGCGUAAUAAGCUGGGAUGGCGUACAUUAUACUGAAGCUGCUAACAAAUGGGUUGCUCUUCAUAUUGUGAACGGGACAUGGUCAGACCCUCCAAUCUCCAUCACAAGAGCUUGUCAGGCCCAAAUAUAACUCUUAAGAAGACUGUACUGUACAAACAA